CCAUUAGACCCUGUUUUAUUACACUUCAGCAAUUUACUCUGAUGCAUCUUGUGAACAUUUCCAUGCAUUUAAUCUGGCUUUGUCAUCAUUUCUCCAGGAACGCGGCGCUUUACUGCAGUUAACCCGGGGGAGUGCAACGUGACUCAUCUGGGUUGUUCUUCUUUUACAUUGUAAUAUCCGGGGGCAGGCCCACGGUGGAGUGGGAGUGUCUGCGUGUCCUCCUCUCAGGAAAACGCUGGAGCUGGAGCACUUUGGCAGAGCGCACACUGCGGAGAAGGAGCGCGCGGUUUACGGCCACCGAGGAUUAUGUCAGCUGUCCGACGCAUCGAGGGACGUUCAGAGCAGCAGGGCCGUCCACCGCCUCUGCUUUAACCCAGAACUCCCACGUCGCCUUGUUUACCACAUGCUUUGCUGAAAUCCUCCUGUCAUAGGCUGCUGCUGCUGGUUCUGGUCCAUCCCCAUCUCUUCCUCCUCCUCUCGUCCUGCUCCUCCUCCUCCAGAUUCCUCUCGUCCCAUCGCCAAGAUGGAAAAGGCGCUCUGCAGUUCGCACGCCGGGACCAACAAACCCAACUGCUCCCCGUCCGACCACCGCGGCAGCUCGGCGUCCAGGAAGCCAGGAGGUCGGAGCGGGUCGCACAGCCCCGGCUCCGGGUCCCUGUGCGUGCCGGCUGGAGCUGUAGGCAGCCGGGGGAGCGUGCAGGGCAGCGGCAUGAAUCUACAGCAGCAGCUGGGGCGCAGGAGGCAGCUGGAGGGAGUGCUCAGCAAAUACACCAACCUGCUCCAAGGCUGGCAGAACAGGUACUUUGUGUUGGAUCCGGAUUUGGGCCAGUUGCAGUACUUCGUCAACGAGCAGGGAAAGAACCAGAAGCCCAGAGGGUCCCUGCCCCUUAUUGGUGCCUCGGUAACCACGUGUGACGAGACUCCAUAUAUGUUCAUUGUAAACUCUGUCAACGGGGAGUUGUACAAACUUAGAGCUGCAGAUGCUAAGGAGCAGCAGUUUUGGAUGAGUCAGCUCCAAGCGUGCGCCAGACGCCACUCCGACAGCAGCGCCAAGGUGAGGAAGCUAAAAGGUUCAGAUGAACACCUCAGUGUGGAGAGAGCUGGAGGAGGCCAAGAAGUUUUAGGCUCCUCAUCCUCCGGUCGGACCCGUAGCUUCUCCCUUCUCCCCCACCUGACUUCAUCUUCAUCCCCAAGUUCCCAGAGGCACUCGGGCCAGUCGGCCUUGCCCAGCAACAUCGUCACCAUCACCCACCACAAAUCUCCAGCUGCAGCUCGCCGAGCCAAGACUCAGUACCCGGGACAGCUGCUGGAGGUCAAGGAGGUGAUGUCCCAAGCAGAGGGCCAACAAAAGAACCUGGUCCAUUCCAUCGACUCCCUACCGACCAGAGGCCCGCUCUCCUGUUUGGAUCAGGACCUGCUGCUGCUCAAAGCCACGUCGGCCGCCACGCUCAGCUGCCUGGGGGAGUGCCUGAACAUCCUCCAGAGCCACAGCCAGGUGCCACCUCAGUCCCAGACCUCCCAGCAUUCUGCCCAUGGAGCCUCCUUUGAUGGUGUUCCUGUGUGGACUGUACCAAAGUCACCUUCAGGCGAGCAACUGAAGAACGGCGGUCUGACUCCUCUUCGGUCAGCCGAGCCCUCCCCGGCCUUCAGGAAAAGGAGUCUGUCCCAUGGUGCCGAGCACCACCCAGGGCUGGAGGACAUCAGUCCCAAUGAGGAGGUGACAGACACAGAGGACAAUGAGGAGGAGGACCUGGGCGUCCUGGACGACCAGCGGAGCAUCAUCCUUCACCUUUUGUCCCAACUCAAACUGGGGAUGGACCUGACGCGGGUGGUGCUGCCCACAUUCAUUUUGGAGAAGCGCUCGUUGCUUGAGAUGUAUGCCAACUUCAUGGCCCACCCCGACAUGUUCCUGUCCAUCACAGCCGGGGCCACAGCCGAGGACCGAAUCGUCCGAUUUGUGGAGUACUACCUGACUGCUUUCCACGAGGGGCGGAAAGGCGCCGUCGCCAAGAAACCUUACAACCCAGUUCUGGGGGAGACAUUCCACUGCUCGUGGGAAGUACCACGAGAUAAAGUGAAACCUUUGGUCAGGCCCAACCAGGGGACUCCAGGGAAGAGCUCCAACAACGCCCAGCAGGGAGAGGACUCAGCAGGGGGCUGCUACAGGGUCCGCUUUGUGGCAGAGCAGGUUUCCCAUCAUCCUCCAGUGUCUGGAUUUUACUGUGAGUGUCGGGAGCGAGGGAUGUGCGUCAACGCCCACGUCUGGACCAAGAGCAAGUUCAUGGGCAUGUCCAUAGGAGUGUCCAUGGUGGGGGAAGGGGUCUUGUGUCUCCUGGAACACGAUGAAGAGUACGUCUUCACGCUGCCCUGCGCCUACGCCCGCUCCAUCCUCACCGUUCCCUGGGUGGAGCUCGGAGGCAAGGUCUCCAUCAACUGCGUGAAGAGCGGCUACUCGGCCGCGGUGACAUUUCACACAAAGCCUUUCUACGGAGGGAAGGUGCACAG